CAACCACGAUCUGAAUACACUUCUUCCCUUUACCGCUCAACUUCUACCCAUCCCAGAUUUUCUCGUCCUAUUCACAAAGUUCAAGAUGUCUUCCUUUUUCGCCCGCCGCGCCCUGCGCACCGCUGCUCCUCUGUCUCGCACCUUUUCCAGCAGCGCAACCAGAUCCUCAUUUGCGAAGAUGACCAUCGUCGGCAGACUUGCUGAUACCCCAGAGCUUCUGCCUACAAGCACAGGAAAGGAGAUCCUAAGAUACUCUGUUGGUACAAACAGUGGACGUGGAGAUAACCAGAAGACGAACUGGUUCCGCGUUACUGCCUUCUUGCCUGAGGGACCGCAAAGAGAUUUCAUUGCAGGUUUAGAAAAGGGAACCCUUGUCUACGUUGAAGGAGAGGCUUCGAUGAGCCAAUAUGAAGAUUCCGAGGGCAAGCCAAAAAGCUCCUUGAACAUUGUCCAAAGACAACUCGAUGUUCUCUCCCCCAAGAAGCCCGCCCAGGCUCAGUAGAUCCAACUUCUUCGAAUACCCGUUCUCCGCCUACAUGACCUCUUGGCCGGCUGAUUACAUAUCAUUUGGUUUCCUUUGUCGAUUUUUACGUGGAAGAAAUAAUUGGGCGUUGGUGUAUCUGAUAGGGUCGGCUGGACUAUGUAUGAUUUGUGCUUGUAAGAAAUGAAGGGUUUUGAUGGAUGGAGGGGGCGGGGGGGACCUGGGUGAUGAUUGCAGUCUGUCCAUUUGGAAGCAAUGAAUCUCUCCUCACUAUGUAAAACCUUCACCCGCGAUUGCUAUUGAUUGUGCGAUACUUGGAGAACCUGUUCUGGAUAGAGUGGCAUUAUACUGAGGAUGGUGUCAACUCAAGGCCGGGAAACGGUGGGUACAAGCUCUGUGUUCGCCGUAUCCUCAUUUGCUGGCCUCGAGGUGCUUAGAGGUGAAUGCCUCGAGGAAGGCUGCUCUAUCUGCUCAUUUCAGCUUUUCCCCCAACUCAAAAUCGUGUGACGGAAGGCCGCGGCCCUCCGUAAGUCCUGGAGUACACCAUUUUGGGGAGUAAAGCACAUGUCUCUCACAUUUGUUGAUUUUAUUCUAGAUGUUCCAACCGCAACUCGGCUGCUGCCAUGUCGCAACUUGGUGAUGCAUACGUAUCAUUCUAGUAUCUGGUGUACAGGCCACGUUUCGAUCUCUUACUUUUUGAAGUACGCAAGUCUUUGUGGACCAUUGGCAUUUCCCGGCUGGACCACCAAAGCAAUGCCUGUAUUGAUGAUGUUGUGCAUGAGGAAUUCGACGAGGCACAAAUUGAAGUCGGCGACCUUGUGUGUAGUUUCAAGGACUGUUGAGCUUCUGUCUCCGAUGCUCUCCCCACUGGCUAUACACUCAUAACCUUAAUCUCAAUUCUUAAAUCAAAACUUCACCUCAGAAGUUGAUAAAAUUGAUGGUAAAAGAACCAAAUGGCUUCUUCUAAUCCACUUCUAGUUCUUGGCGAGAAGAUGCAGGAAGGUUGGAGAUGUAUUUCGAGUGGCCCAGUU